AUGGCACAAAGACCUAUCACUCCAGAAGUUUCCGGUGCACGGGCAGACACCACAUGUCAAUUCCUGAUAUUGAAAAUAAGCUUGAAACCUAAAUAUGAAAUUACACAGCGAUGCACAACAUCGAGUACACUGCUGCAGGUAAGGCGACAGUCCCUGCUCGACUUCUACUUGAUCCAAACGUGCAGUCGCUCCAUGAUGAAAGCGAUUGCUCGAGCGAGGCUACCCACACCGGAACAGUGCGCUCUCUUCGCGCUGCAAAAACGGGGUCUGGCCUUCAACUUCAGCCCUCCUGGACUAAUGGAGAGUAGAAGCACUUGCAUUGUGUGCGACUGUCCCGAGUUCGAGACCCUGACGUCUCUCAAGAAAGAUCUGCGCUAUGAUUACUAUAGUUUAUACGGCAACCCUCUGCCAAGUAUAAACCACACCUGCAUACCCAAGGUAGGAGUCUUUCUGCUUCAUCUGGAGAGACUCAACUUCUCCCAUGCACUGAACUCAUGUCGAACCAAGGACAGUGAGCUGGCACACGUGAUCUCUGAGACUCGAACUACUGCCCUGUCAGCACUGGUUAAACAAAUGAGAGUCAGCAGGGCCCCAAAGAGAGCAUACAUCGGUCUCGAUGAUACUAAAGUUGAAGGUCGAUUCGUUACAACAACGGGAGAGCCGCUGAACUGUUUUGAUUACGUCGCCUGGGCCCCCAGUGAGCCACGAGACCGUCUAGCCGACGAGGAUUGUGUGGCGCUGGGCGGCAACAAGCAAUGGCAAGUGUCGAGAUGCUCGGCAAAGUUGCCGUAUCUGUGCGAAUUGUGGCCUGGAGGGGACCAGCCAGCUGAUACUACUAUAAGGCUAACAAAGUGUGCUGAACUACAAAACUCAGGUGAAAGAAAAAGCUGUUUUGAUGGAGACACGCCCGCAUCUAAAACUAACAAAUUUAAACGUUGUUGGAGUGGAAUUAAGUAUAUGAAAAAGCUGCCUUCUGUUUUUAAAUGGGAUGUCCACUUCAGGACUGCACAAAACGGAACAGAGAAGGCCAUGACGCCUCAGAAUGGAACAGAGAAUGCCACGUCGUCACAAAAUAGAACAGAGAAGCCUUCGGUGAUGUAAUUAGCGUUUUCUAUUUUAAAACUAUACUUGUUUUAUGUAAAACAGAUACGAUGUCUUGAAAAUAUGGAACACAGAA